CCCCCCCCCCCCGGCAUCCACAGCGGUUGACGCAUCAAAUGGAGCAUGCCUUGCCUGUGCCAUGCAGAAGCCGGCAGGCAGACAACAACACACCUAGCGAUCGGUUAUAAAAACACAAGACUCAAUGCAGAUAACCUUUCCCGCUUUUGCAGUCAUCUAGACGCUCCUUCAUAUCCUGAAGCUCGACUUCUUCAUGCCACUUACGACCCCGUCGAGAACGAGCAGGCCCGUCCGCGAGUCUUGGGCAGUCUAUGACAACCUCAUCGAGAAGGCUUUUGCUCCACGAGACUCCCUUGAGGUGUCGACACCGACGCAGUCACCGACACUCCAUUCUCGUGAGGUAGAGCCAGCUCUCCCUGACAUACCCGAAAUACCACCAUUAUCGGCAGAUGAGAAGAGCCGAGAGGCAAUCGAGGCGCUAUGGGAGCAGGUACUUGAGCGGAAGGCUAAGGUCCUAGCUAGUCUACCUAGCAAGGUCGAGUCGUUGGAGGGUGUGUUGCCCAUCGAGAGGGCACCGACCACAUCAUCGUCACCGCCGCCGAGACUACGACGAAAGAACAGUGCGGAGUUCGGGCUGUCACCUGACGGCAAAUUGAUUGUGUCGACAUUUGAUAUGACCGAUGUUGGCAAGCAAGACAUGCACGUCAGCUUCAAAGGCAACAAAAUCAUCGUGGCGUGGCGUCGAGUGAAGAUCACCGAGAAGCGCGAAGAUGACGCACUAGUCCGAGAGCGGAAAGAGAAGCAGUACAGCCAAAUUAUUCCUCUACCGGAUGGAACCUCGUUUGAUGAAGUUCGCGCCGUGCGCACUGGCUCAACUCUCAUGGUGACAUAUCCUAACUUACGUUGCGUACGGGUGAACGCGACUGAUACAUCAUCGACGGUCUUUUCAUCUGGCGAGACUGAAUUUGGCACCUGUGUAACACCUACCGGAACGCUCUUCGAGGCUAUGGAAAAGCUCUGGAACAAAAAGUCGUGAAUGCUUGCCGAGGGCUGGCCCCUCGAACUCUUAGGUUGCGCAAGUUAAUGAUUAUACUUUGCAAGCGUGCGUAUAUGUAGAGUAGUAGAUUAGUCCUCUUUGAUUAUUGUUAGCUCCUGAAGCAGUGCAUGGCGGCCCGGACUGCUGCGUCUGAUCAAUGAAUCCGGUUGACGCAACCUUUC